AUGGUGGUCGUUGAAGAGAAGUACCAGAUUCCGCUUGUUUUGUUGUUCUUCAAUGUUGACAACCAGACAGGGUUUGGAGAAGAAGGCUUCGAUCCCAAGUGGCCCAACGGCGCGCGGAUAGCAGUGUCGUUUGUUCUCAACUAUGAAGAGGGAGGCGAGCGAAGUGUGCUCGACGGAGACGCCCACAGCGAGCCCUACCUAUGGGAAAAGGGGGCGUCUGGGGGCUAUAAAACGACGAGAUAUCUCAAUGCCGAGCAAGACUUCGAAUAUGGAAGCCGGGUAGCCUCCUGGCGUCUAAUCCGUCUCUUCAAGGAGUUCGGCUGGAACUUCACCACCUAUGCCAUCGCCGUGGCGUUGCAGAAGAACCCUAAAUUCGCGAAGGCGUUGGUCCGGGACGGCCACGAGGUUGCUGCUCACGGCUAUCGAUGGCUGGAAUUCUAUGAUUACAACCUCGAAGAAGACAAGGCUUAUAUUAAGAAAUCACUGACUACCUUGAAAGAGGUCACAGGAGAGUUCCCUGUUGGUGCUUACUUUGGCCGAGGGACUCCACAGACACACGCUCUCUUCCCAGAAGUAUGGAAGGAGCUGGGCGAGGAAUUCCUCUGGUCGUCCGAGUGCUACAACGACGAUGUGCCCUACUGGCUAGACUUGCCGUGGGAAGCCAGUCUGCCUGAAAAGGAACGGAAAGGAAUGCUGCUUAUCCCCUACAACUACGACUGCAACGACGGCAAGUUCCACAUGUCUCCAGGGUUUGGGAGUUCUGUGGCCGAGACGUACGAACAAUAUCUCAAGAAUACGUUCGACAUGCUCUACCGGGAAGGAGGCAAGUUGAUGAACAUCCCGCUUCACACUCGCAUCAUUGGCAAGGCUGGCCGUUGCGAGGCAUUGAGGAAGUUCAUGCUGUACAUUGCCGAGAAGGAGGGCGUCUGGGUCACAACGAGAAGGGACAUCGCGAAGCACAUGCACAAGAACUUUCCUUAUCAGCCCGAUAGAAAGUGGAUGGAGGGAGUUAAACAGUAG